CCGGCUGCAGCGGUCUGGUCUGGUCUGAUCUGAUCUCAGUCAGAGAUGGAGGAACUCAGUGAAACUCAGCAGGACCGACAGCAGCUCCUCUCAGUGAGUUUACAGACUGAGAAGAGGAAGUGGCAGACAGAGAUCGAGAACAAGAAGCGUCAGCUGGAGGACGACAAGAGAGCUCUGCAGCACCUGAAGUCGAAGGCCCUGAGGGAGCGCUGGCUGCUGGAAGGAGCGCCAUCUACUGGACCAGAACAUGAUGACGCGAGGAGACAACUGGAGCAGGACGAGGCCAAGACCAGGACCCUGGAGGAGACCAUCAACAGGUUGGAGGAGGAGCUGGUCAGUUUGGAAACAAUAACACACACUAUUCAGGUGUCAUCAGGAUCAGUGAAAGCUGUAGAGGUCAAAGGUCACAGCAGCCUUCAGCAGGACAGAGCUGCAGCCUCACAGCAGAUAGUUCAAGAGGUCAAAGUUCACAAAAGCCCUCGAAUGAACAAACCGAGAGAGGCGACGGAGGAGAUGAAGAGAGCCAUGUACUCGGUGGAGAUUAAAGUAGAGCGGGACAAAGUGACGGGGGAAACCAGGGUUCUGUCCACUAACACCAGACUUCCUGUUGACCUCUCUCACCACGGGGUCAAAGUUUACGAGGACGAGAGAAAAGUGGUCCACGAGAUGAACGGCGAAGACGGCGUCCAGCUGCUCAGCUUCUCGGAGGUCGAAGAACUCAUUCACAAAGCCGACGAGGCCUCGAUGAUGUCAGAGACUAUCGCCACGGUGACCUCUCUCCCGACGGCGGAGGUCCAGGAGGAGGGUCCCGAGCCGCCGCUGGAGGAGAUCACCGGGCUGGAGGAGAUCACCGGGCUGGAGGCCAAAUUGAGCGGCGAGCCGAGCGUGGCCGAAGCGAGCGCCGAGAACCCCGUCACCAUGGUGUUCAUGGGGUACCAGAACGUGGAGGACGAGGACGAGACCAAGAAAGUUCUGGGUCUGCAGGGGACGGUGAAGGCCGAGCUGGUGCUCAUCGAUGACGCCAACGGGAAGAUAUCACCGGGCGGAGGGCAGGAGGAGGCCGCCGGCGCUCAGACACCGGCUCCACAACCACCCGUCUCCACCGCCCCACCACCCUCCACCAAACCCCCGGAGACGGCGACGAUGGAGACGGCAACGACGAGGGGGACGAGCAACGGCAACAGGGCCGGGGAGGCGGAGGAGGUGAAGGGAGGAGCGGUGGAGAUAAGAAAGGAGAAACCGCCAUGUAAGUGCUGCAGCAUCAUGUGAUCCUGCAGCAUCAUGUGACCCUGCAGCAUCAUGUGACCCUGCAGCAUCAUGUGACCCUGCAGCAUCAUGUGAUCCUGCAGGAGGCGCUGCUUCCAAAUAUAAUCAUCUAAACAUAAAAAGACUUCCAGGACAAAACCUACAGGAACUAAACUCCACCCACCGCCGUCAGCCUCUAACAACAUGACAUCAUUUCCUGUUUCUUCAUCCUCUGUUUUAUAAAACCUUUCUUUACUUUUUUCUAUUUCCUUGAAGCCUUUUUACUUUUGUACUGCUCAAUCUGAUUAGCUUAGCAUUAGCAUUAGCAUUAGCAUUAGCAUUAGCAUUAGCCAUGCAGUCCUGAGACCUGUAACAUGAACCUGCUCUCUCUCUUUAGAAGCUCCACCAGAUGAAACAGUGGAUUUUAGAGUUGUCUUAGUUUCAUUUUCUAGCUUCUCUGCAGAGUUUCAUCUUUCUGUUAGUCGGAGUUUUAUAACCGAGAAAAUAAAAGUGAGUCGAUCGGAGCUCAACGAGUA